CCGGAGAUCUGAACCCAGAUCGACCGUAAUCCCAGAAGACUUUACCGUGACCAGAAACGGAAAAGAUCUGCGGGCUUUCGUGCUUUCUCUCGUGUUUUGGACAUGGAGACUGGGCAGCCUGAGGACCGACCCGAGACUGGAGACGAAGGUGAGGAUCGUUUUUCCAAAAUGUUUUGGUAGAGAGUAAUUCAUAACAAAGUUACGUAAGUGUGAUGAUUGUGUGUGUGUGGAGAAAUGUAGCACAUGUUUAAGUCCUAAAGUGGUCUCGGCAUGGGGUCUCCCGACCGUCCCUGCUGCAUAACUCAGGUCGUGUGUCACCCGUGGCAGCGAGUACUGACACAUAGCAUCGGCCUGAGGUGGGAUUAUAAACACAAACAGCAGGAUGAAGAGAGGAAUGACAGGAAGCGGGUGCUGCUGCGGAUGCAGAACUGGCCAAAGCCAUCAUGGCGCGCCAGUUCCACCCUUCUGUCCUGGGCCCAGAGCCUUGGGAAGGUUACAUCUUCUCCGACCUGGAGAUCCGAAUUAAAGAAUCCACAGACCUCUACGGAGCUGUCCUCUGGCCCUCCGCGAUGGUGCUAUGUCACUUCCUGGAGACCAACUGUGACACGUACAACUUGAUGGACAAGAACCUGAUUGAACUUGGUGCAGGAACUGGUCUCGUCUCCAUUGUUUCCAGUCUACUAGGUGCAAAAGUCACGUCCACUGAUCUCCCAGAUGUUCUUGGCAACCUCCAAUGCAACAUCUCCCGCAACACAAAAGGACGAUGUAAAUAUACGCCUCUGGUGACAGAACUGGUGUGGGGCCCAGACGUGGAGCAGAGGUUCCCCCACAGCACGCACUACUUCGACUACAUCCUGGCCGCAGACGUGGUGUACGCCCACCCCUACCUGGAGCAGCUGCUGGACACCUUCACUCACCUGUGCCAGGGGAACACACAGAUCCUGUGGGCCAUGCGUUUCCGCCUGGACGCAGAGAACAGUUUUGUGGAGCGCUUCCGAGAACGCUUCCACCUGGAGGAGCUGUACGACCUCCCCAGUCUCAGCAUCAAACUGUACCGAGCCUGGAGGAGGGAGGAGGGCAGGUCUGUGGCUUUUUAAACUCUUUACUUUCUACUAUUUCAAAUGUGGACUCUGUUCUACUGUAACACUUUGCAACAGCAUGUUGGACAUUCUACCCGCCCUAUUUUGUUGGACAGUCAGAAGUCAAGUCUUCCAUUAAACAGGUCACGGGUAAACGUUACAGCGUUGGUCUCAGUCCCUCAGAACUCUUGUUGAUUGUGUGCUAAGCGGGUGUGUCCACAGAAAAGAGGCCUGAUUACAAAAAAAUAUUCACUCUCUUUAUAAAAAAAGGAGCAGACAAGUCCCAUCGAUCAAAGAGCAAUUAUUUUAAUGACCACUUUUUACUUGAGUACUACUUUUGGUUGGUCUUUUUCUGUGUGUUUCUGUUUAGUUUUCUUCCUAUUUCUGCUUUUAUUUGCAUGUAUGAUGACACAAAAUGUUGGCUGUAGUCUAAAUUGUGGUGAUGGGUAAAAAUGACACCUCAGUGAGGGUUUGGCACACUUACUGGCUGUAUUGACACGGCC